AUGGCGAACGAAGCAAGCCCUUGCCCGUGCAACAUUGGAGAUACUUUUGACUAUGAAGGUCUUGGAUGUGAAAUUCCUGUUGAGCACAUCAGUGCCUAUCUUUGCAAACCUUCCCUUCCUACUGAGAAAGCCGUGAUUGUGAUUCACGACAUAUACGGGUGGCAGCUGCCCAACACCAGAUACAUUGCUGACAUGCUUGCAGCCAAUGGAUACCUAGCAAUUCUCCCAGACUUUUAUAAAGGACAAGAGCCUUGGAAACCAUCUAAUGAUUGGUCCACAUUUAAUGAAUGGCUAAAAACACGAGAUGCCAAGAAAAUAAACAAGGAAACAGAUGUUGUCCUGAAGUAUCUUAAAGAGCAGUGUAACAUGAGGAGGAUAGGCGUCAUUGGAUUUUGUUGGGGUGGAGCUGCGGUACAUCACCUGAUGUUGUCGUAUUCUGAAUUUAAGGCAGGCGUCUCACUGUAUGGAGUUAUCAGAUUGGCAGAGGACAGGUACAAUUUAUUGAACCCCACAUUUUUCAUUUUUGGGGAGAAAGAUGAAGCCAUUCCUCUAGACCAGGUCACCAUACUAGAACAGAAACUGAAAGAGCACUGCAAAGUUGAUUUUGAAGUUAAAAUCUAUCCAGGUCAAACACAUGGAUUUGUACAUCGCAAGAGAGAAGAUAUUAACCCCAAAGAUAAACCCUACAUUGAAGAAGCAAAGAGAGACAUGAUGGACUGGCUAUAUAGAUAUAUUCUAUAGACAGCAUCUAUGGAAUUUAUAAGAAAAUGCUA